AUGAAGGAAAAAGGCAAAGAUGAAUUCAAAGAAGCUCAUCCUCAUCCUCAUCCUCAUCUCCAUCUCUUUAAUGGCAGUCUCAAUCAAACCCUAGACAGACAAACAUCCUCUUCAACUCUACCCACUUCCCCGAACCUCAAUAACCAGAGCGCUCUCCGACGCGAUCAACAGUACUUCGCCGUCGUCAUGUCUUCUUCUUACUUCGACGACGACGACGAUUUCCAGAUCCCUCUCUCCCGAUCCACCGCGACUCCUCAAAAUUCCAUUCUCUCGCAGAGAUCACUCAAAAGCUCAUCUUUUUCUCACCGGCCGUCGAAAAUCCCAAAGUGCUCGACCACCUUCGGCUCCGGCAAGGAGAAUGUGCCUUCGUUUUGUUUGGGAAAUCAGGAGAACGAGGGUUUUAAGUCUUUGGAAGUUGUGGAUUGCAGCUUGGAAUCAAUACCUUCUAGCUUCGAUUGCACGAACGCUACUGCACCGGAGGAAGCUGUUGAUAAUGUGGGUAAGGACGAUUGUUGUUCUUCGCCUCCGGAGAAAAAGGAGUUGUUGAAUAAAAAUUGGGGCUAUUCUCGCAAUUCGAUAGAGUCUAGGUUGAUGAAAUCGUGGGGAGACCGUGGUUUUGGCUCUGGUGAUGGUGGCUCCGCCGUUGAGGAUGACGAGGACGAGGGAGAGCUCGAUGAGUUGCUCAAGCUGUGCUCUGCAUUAGAAGAGGAAGAUAGUUUGGGUGAUAAUGGAGGUUCGGUUGAGUGUCCUCUUUGUGGGGUUGACAUUUCGGAUGUCAGUGAGGAACAAAGGCAUCGCCACACCAAUGAUUGUCUUGACAAAGGGGACUCUCCAGCGCAAGAUGUAAGUUUGCAAUUAGUUUCAAUUUUAGGGAGAAUUGGUAAACUUACAUAGUACAGCGAAUACCGAGUAUCCAGGCCAUGCGGUGAAGUUUCUGGUGUUGUAGAGUGGCUGCGCGGCCUGGGUUUAACGAAAUACGAAGAUAUUUUUGUUAGAGAAGAGAUUGUCUGGGAUACUCUCCAAUGGUUGACAGAAGAGGAUCUCUUUAACAUUGGCAUCACUGCACUUGGUCCCAGAAAGAAGAUUGUGCAUGCUCUUUCUCAACUUAGAAAAGGGAGCAUACAAGCAAUUGAGGUGCCUCCACCUUCUAACGCCUCUAGUGAACACAGAAGGGGCACCAAUGGAGUUGAGAUGCCCAGUGAUGUCUCAGAGCGAGUGACUGAAAAUGCGAGUAAAGUAGCUGCUAACAAGUUGAUAACAGAUUACUUUCCAGGAUAUUUUAGUGAUAGAAAGAAAGUUUGCGACACCGGUAGACAACAGAGGGCAAUAGUACAGGGAUCGUCAAGUUCUGGCCGUAAACGUGUUACAGGCAAAAAACACAUCACAAAAGGAAAGCUCAAGGAUCCUCCAUCGUGGUGUUCCAUACCAGGAACACCAUUUCGAGUGGAUGCUUUUCGAUAUCUUAGAGGAGAUUGUUCACAUUGGUUUCUCACUCACUUCCAUAUGGAUCAUUAUCAAGGUCUAACAAGGUCCUUUUGUCAUGGACUGAUUUAUUGCUCAUCCAUUACUGCUAAGCUUGUAAAUAUGAAGAUUGGGAUCCCAUGGGACAGAUUGCAUGUUUUACCCCUCAACCAAAAGAUCAAUAUUGGCGGCAUUGAUGUGACCUGUUUAGAUGCAAACCACUGCCCUGGGGCCAUAAUUAUACUUUUUGAACCACCUAACGGCCAGGCCGUUCUGCACACAGGAGAUUUUCGCUUUAGUGAGGACAAAGACAUGAUGCCUUUUUUGCGAGCACGGUUUAUCCAUACACUUGUACUUGACACAACUUACUGUAAUCCCCAGUAUGACUUCCCAAAGCAGGAGGCCGUAAUACAAUUUGUUCUUGAUGCCAUUCAGGCCGAAACUUUCAACCCUAAAACUCUUUUUCUGAUUGGUAGCUACACAAUUGGAAAGGAGCGACUCUUCUUGGAGGUAGCUCGUGUUCUACGAAAAAAGGUUUAUGUCAAUGCUGCAAAGCUGCGCAUUUUAAAUUGUUUGGGGUUUCCUCAGGAGGAUAUGCAGUGGUUUACGGUAAAUGAACAGGAAAGCCAGAUACACGUUGUUCCUAUGUGGACACUUGCAAGCUUCAAACGACUUAAGCAUGUAGCCAAUCAGUAUAAGGAUCGAUUCAGUCUGAUAGUUGCUUUCUCUCCCACUGGUUGGACAUUUAGUAAAGGAAAGAAAAAAUCUCCAGGGAAAAAGUGGCAGCAGGGCACAAUCAUAAGGUAUGAAGUGCCGUACAGUGAACACAGCAGCUUUACAGAACUCAAAGAGUUUGUGAAGAUCAUAUCUCCAGUAAACAUAAUACCUAGUGUGAAUAAUGAUGGGCCUGAUUCUGCCAAUGCCAUGGUUUCUCUCUUACUUUCUCAAUUAUGAGCUCGACAAGCUUCCUUAAAAUUAAGUUUAUAAGAAUAAUUUUAUUUGUAAUAAAAAUUA